GUUAGACUCUGUUAUAUUCAUCAGAUGUUUUCGUUUGUGCAAGUUAUUCUCUUUGUGGCUAUCAUUGCCCGCACGCAAGCGCUCAAAUGUUACUCAGGACUUGGUACAGGACUUGGAUCGGAAAAAAGUCACCCAUCAACAUUAGCGGUGUGCGCAUCGGCAACGAAAUAUUGUUUCGCGAGGAUAGGUUGGUAUAAUAAUGGAAUUGGAACAAUCGAAAAGUACGGCUGUGACUCUGGAGUGCUCUGCAAGAAAGAAGGCUACGAAAAAAAGGGUGGUGUCGAGAUUCGCUGCUGUGCUUCUGAUCUCUGCAAUACACUAAAAAAAUGAGAUAUCUACAAUAAGUUGUACCAGUAAUAUCCAAAUUUUGGGCUUUUCUGGGCGGAAUAAAUUCGUUUGC